GAAGAUUACGAGGAUGAGGAGGCAGCUGAGCCGCCUGGUAAGAAUAAUCAAGCACUAAAUGGCCCCAAGCGCCUGCUCAGCUUCAAGAACUAUGAGCCAGAUGCCAACUCCAUGGAGCUCAUGAGACUCAUGCCUAUGGAAAGAAGCCUCCAGCAGCAGGCAGAGCUUAAUAGAAGGCAAGGGAUAUCAGAUGGCUAG